CCUUUCCUCCUGCCAACGACAACAAGGCGGCCCAAAAUUCUCCUACCACCCAAAUCAAAAAACGCCCCAAGCCCUAGCACAAUACCCGCCACCGCCGACAACCACCACCACUAGAGCGUCGGUAUAACGGCCAUCCCAACUACCGGGGCCUACAAUCCUCGUCUACAUCAACCUCCACCUUUGCUGGCGUAGACCUCAGGAAAUUCCCAGAAACACCAUUAUCGCUCGACCCAACUGUCGCCAAUCCGGGAUUCACGAUCACUAUCUCGGUUCAGUGAAUUGUUCUCUCUUAGCUCUAAAGAUACUUCAACCAUUAAUUAUUCCAGAUGAAAAUAGCAGUUGAGGGUUGUAUGCACGGAGAUUUGGACAAUGUAUAUGCAACUCUUUUACAUCUGCAAGAAGUCGAGAAUAUGAAGAUUGAUCUUCUCAUUUGUUGUGGGGACUUUCAACUUGGGUAGAGAGGCUGGGCAUGUCAAAAGGAAGAUAGGUGUACAAAGAUUCAAAUUUCAUGUUAUUGCAUGGAGUUUUCAAAUGCAGUUAGGAAUGAGAAGGAUUUGGAAAGUUUAAAUGUUCCACCUAAAUACCGAAGCAUGAACUCUUUUUGGAAGUAUUACUCAGGAGAGAAAGUUGCACCAAUUCCAACUAUAUUUAUUGGUGGAAAUCAUGAAGCAUCCAAUUAUCUUUGGGAAUUAUACUAUGGCGGAUGGGUUGCACCUCAGAUCUACUUCCUUGGGUUUGCAGGAGUGGUCAAGUUUGGAAAUGUUCGUAUUGGUGGACUUUCUGGGAUUUACAAAAGACACCACUAUUAUUCAGGACACUAUGAAAAGCUCCCUUACAAUGAACAAGAAAUCAGAUCUAUAUAUCAUGUUCGUGAAUAUGAUGUUCAUAAGCUUAUGCAAGUUGAGGAACCAAUUGAUAUCUUUCUUUCCCAUGAUUGGCCUGUUGGCAUCACUGACUAUGGGAAUUUGAAGAACCUUCUUCAUCAAAAACCUUUCUUUGAAGAAGAGAUACUGGAAGGAACACUGGGAAGCCAGCCCGCUGCAGAAUUGCUGGGAAAGUUGAGACCUUCUUAUUGGUUUUCUGCACAUCUACACUGCAAAUUUUCUGCUCUAGUUCAACACAGGGAAGGUGGCCCUUCUACAAAGUUCCUUGCCCUCGAUAAAUGUCUUCCUGGACGAAAGUUCUUGCAGAUUGUCGACAUUGACUCACAACCAGGGCCUUAUGAGCUUCUCUAUGAUGAAGAAUGGCUUUCAAUCACAAGGAAGUUCAACUCUGUGUUUCCUCUGACUAGGAAACGUGCUAAUUUUAGUGAUGCCAAGCUUGACAUACACGGGUGUCGUCAAUUUGUGAAGAAUAAGCUCCAAACAAGAGGUUGCAAACCUUUCGAAUUUGUGCAUACCGUGCCGUACCACAAUCCUUCUCAGUUUAAUGCCAAUUAUUUUCCUUAUGGACAUUGUCGGAACCCUCAGACAGAAGCUUUAUUGAAGUUUCUAGACCUUCAAUAUCUUCUUGAUAAUACGGCUGAAUUAGACGAGCUAUCUCGAAGUCCAGGAUCAUUUUUCUCUACAGGCUCCCUUGAUAAUGACAGUGAAGAUAUUCCAAUUGAUGAUGUGGAUGAUGUUGAACUCAACGAAGCAGAUGAUGCAGAAACGUAAGAAGAAUGUGUAGAAGCUUGGAUCUUGAUUGGUCUUGUCCCUUCAUGAGAUGAAUAUAAACCAGAACGGUAAAGAUUUAGGCAUAAUGACGUUGAGAAACUUGGCACUUUCUGCUGUUAUCUCGUCAUUACUGAUAAUCGAGGCUGAUUAUUUGAGUUUCUCACUGCUUUUCUUGGAUGUACAGUGUCUUUUUAGUGUGAAUCUAGAAAAAUGGUAGGGCUUACUUAUUCAAGAACUAGAAGUGUUUAUUUUUAGGAGAAAUUUCUUUAAAUAUGUUUGUCCAUGAGCUAAAAUGAAAUGCUAAAUGUUCGAAAAUUCCAUCAAGUAGCCAGAAAUAACAAUAACUAUAUAGUAUUCAAAUAAAUGAUGAAAUAUCUUGCUCC